UUCAGUAAACAGCAUUUACCGUGGCAUAAUGUAAAUGCAAAGAUGUCAGAUGACCUAAAAAGCUUUAUGGAUUUAACACUUUGAACUUUGAGGAGUUUUGUAUUUUCUAUCUGCAUUCCUUUGAUGCUCCUCCCUCUUUACGCAAAAGUCUAAGACAUGGCAACUGAAUCUUCAGAGGCCGAUGAUCCAUACAUUUUCUGCACUGACACUUUACCCAGUGAUGCCCGCUACCUUCCCCCUUUGGCCAAUGGACUCUUGGGGUGGAAGGUGUAUAAUAAUGUCAUGCAUAUGGGUGGCAUUUACAAUGGCGAAGGUGGGCGCUGUCACAGAGCAGACAUACCCUGUCCUCUGGCUGUCAAGAUGGACACUGUGGAGCCUGGGAAUCACUCCUACUGCCUGAACACAAACACAGGUAUUUUUACACACACUCUGAGCACAGCCAGAGUGAUAGCCUCUCAGUCACUGUACUCACACCGAUACUACAGUAAACUGAUGGUAAUGGAGAUCAUGCUGGUACGACAAGGUACAAAUGAGGAACCAGUCACAGUGGAUCUGCUCACAAACUUUAAACCUCUGAGCAAAGACAUUGUUUUUGAGACUGGCCCAGAUUAUAAAAGUGGCAAGCACAUCUUCGGACAUACAACUGCAGCAGAGUAUCCCGGAGGGUCCUGUCCUACUGUGCACCUUAUCUGGACAGAUAUACCUGUAACUCUGACACUUAAUGCAGGACAAAGCCAGGCUCGCUGGGGAUUCAUCCUAAUUGUGGCUGACAGUCAGCAAAGUGCUGAAUCCAACUAUGAUAAGGGCCUCUCUCUAAUGGCGGGUGGAAGUUUACGCUCAUCACAUGAACAGGCCUGGAAGGAACUGUGGCUGCAAAGCAAGAUAGAUGUAGUGGGUUCAGAGAUCCUGUGCAAAGCCCUAAUUGGCUGUAUGUUCUACCUACUCAGUGCCUUUCCAUCCAUUCAUGAUACAACCAGCUCCUUCGGGGGAGUCAGUCCUGGUGGUCUGUCCAACGGGGGCGAUGGGCAGGACUACUGGGGCCAUGUUUUCUGGGAUCAGGACAUUUGGAUGUAUCCUGGUAUUGCCCUCUUCUACCCCACACUAGCCAGAUCUGUGCUUGAGUACAGAGUGAGAACAAUAGAUGGUGCAAGAGACAAUGCGCAAAGACAAGGCUACAAGGGACUAAAGUUUCCAUGGGAGAGUGCUGUGUCUGGCAGAGAGGUCUGUCCUGAAGAUAUUUAUGGACAGCAGGAGAUUCAUAUCAAUGGAGACGUCACCCUGGCUUUUCAGCAUUAUCUUUAUCUGACUGAGGAUAUAUCCAUGUUCACAGAAGGUCAGGGCAGCCAGGUUGUUUGGGGCGUGGCCGAUUAUUGGGUGUCUAGAGUUACAAUGAGCCCACAGGAUCACAAGUAUCACAUUUUAGGUGUUAUGCCUCCAGAUGAGUAUUACUACAAUGUUAACAACUCAGUGUACACAAAUAUAGUGGCCAAACUAAGUCUGGAAUUUGCGACUGAACUAGCAGACCUUCUUGAUAAACCUGCACCAAAGGAAUGGAAAGAAGUGUCGGAAAACUUAAAAAUACCUUUUGAUGAAGAAUUUAACUACCACCCUGAGUAUGAUGGCUAUGUCAGAGGUGCUCCAGUAAAGCAGGCAGAUACAGUUAUGUUAGGUUAUCCUCUUGGAUUCGCUAUGUCUACAGAGAUCAGAAAAAAUGACCUUCUGGCAUAUGAACCCGUUACAGACCCACACGGUCCAGCCAUGACAUGGAGUAUGUUUGCAAUAGGCUGGUUGGAACUUGGAGAGGCAGAAAGAGCUCAAAAUUUGCUUACAAAGUGCUUCAACAACAUCCAGGGUCCAUUCCAGGUCUGGAGUGAAUCAUCGGAUGGCUCUGGUGCCGUCAAUUUUCUCACCGGCAUGGGAGGCUUUCUUCAGGCUGUGCUAUUUGGUUAUACUGGUUUUAGAGUUCAAAAGGAAUAUCUUUGCUUCAAUCCCCUUCUACCAAAUGAGAUUUCUGAGUUGUGCAUCCGUGGUGUGAACUACCUUGGCAAUCAGCUUGAUUGGAUGCUGAGGAAAGAAGAAAUUUCCAUAAUUUUAAGAGGAAGCCAGUGCUCUGAAGAUAAUGCAGCUAAAAGCUACAAUCUACAGGUUAUUCUGAAGAGUUCAGGGUCUAAAAUCCCCCUCACACCAGGUCAGCCUGUGACAUUUUCAAGGGAGCCUGGUUACAUUUGUAAAUUAGAAUCAAAUUUGUCAUGUUGGCCUUUCUGAAAACUGUUGGCUUGAGCGAUUCAAAUUUCUUCCUAAUGCUAUCUGAGUGAUUUCCUUGAACAAUAACAAUAAAAAACAAGGGUUUUUGUCAA